CUUGGGCGAGUCAUUACGUUCUGAGCCCGGUUUCUCCACUGCGAGGAAAUGGGGGGAGAGAGGAGAGCACCACCCUCAGCAAGUGGUUGUGCAAAUGUUCUAGCGAAGAGCAAAGUGUUGGUGAACGCUCAAAAGCUGGUGUGCCGAGAUUUUGCUGUCUUAGAGGACCACACCCUGGCCCACAGCCUGCAGGAACAAGAGAUUGAGCAUCAUUUGGCAUCGAACAUUCAGCGGAACCGUUUGGUCCAACAUGAUCUCCAGGUGGCUAAGCAGCUUCAGGAGGAAGAUCUGAAAGCUCAGGCUCAGCUCCAGAAGCGCUACAAAGACCUUGAACAACAAGACUGUGAAAUUGCUCAGGAAAUCCAGGAGAAGCUGGCUAUUGAGGCAGAGAGACGACGCAUUCAGGAGAAGAAGGAUGAGGACAUAGCUCGCCUUUUGCAAGAAAAGGAGUUACAGGAAGAGAAAAAACGAAAGAAACACUUUCCAGAGUCUUCUGGAUCCAGUGCUUAUGGAGAUAGUUACUAUUAUGAAAAUGGAGGAGUCUGGGCAGAAUGUCCGAAGCAGCAGAGUGCCACGAAUAAUGAAGAUGAUACAUCAUACAUCAACCCGCCACCGUCAAGGAGGGCAAGGGAAUUGGGUUCUGGAGUCUCGAGGUCAUGUAGACUCCAAAGUGAUGGAAACACUGUGAAGCAAAGGAACAAGAAACCCAAACAUCCAGUGGAGAACUUGGAAGAACUAGAAGAUCAUUGUUCAUCAGGGAGAUUUCUCUCAUCCUAUAGCUUGGGCAGAGUGAGGGCCAAUUCCCAAAUUGACACUGAGCAGCAUGAAAGGAAACGGUCUGAUCAUGAGAGACUUCGGAGACCUCCGCUUCCCAGGAUCAGUGGUGAGGUGUUUCUGAGUACUGGAUUUGAUGAUGGGGAGGCUAACAGUGUCCAUCGACCUCGGAAUUCGGAAAAACAGUCCAGACACCAAGACCGACUUUCACCCAAGUCUUCACAGAAAGCAGGGCUUCAUUGCAAGGAAGCUGUAUAUGGGGGGGGCCGUGGGCAAGGUGAGCAGAGAGAAAGGAGACACAAGCCCAGGACUCCCCCCUUCUCAGAGAGUGAGGGACAGCUCCAGCUCCGUGACCCAGGAAUGAAGCCAAGAGGGAUGAAAGAAGCUGUCUCUACUCCAUCACGAGUGGCCCACAGAGAUCAGGAAUGGUAUGACGCUGAAAUUGCCAGAAAACUGCAAGAGGAGGAAAUUUUGGCUACCCAGGUGGACACGAGAGCAGCUCAAGUAGCGCAGGAUGAGGAAAUCGCUAGACUUCUCAUGGCUGAAGAAAAGAAAGCUUACAAGAAGGCCAAGGAGCGGGAGAAAUCAUCUUUGGACAAAAGGAAGCAUGACCCUGAUUGGAAGCCAAAAACAACUAAAUCGGCACACUCAAAGUCAAAAGAGAGUGAUGACCCUCACCGUUCUAAGAAUGACAGGCCAGCACGGCCACCACCACCUACCAUGACAGAGGCUGAAGAUUUGGAUUACACUCAUUUUACAAACCAGCAUAAUUCCACACGUCAUUUCUCAAAAUCAGAAUCCUCUCAUAAAGGUUUCCAUCAUAAGCAGUAAAACCCUAGGAAUCUGCCUUGAGAACGGACUCACUGUAGCAAUCAUUACUGGAUGAUACAGAAUGCGUUCCCUACUCAUUUUUUUCCCUCCUGUGUUUGUAUUCCUGGGAUUUAUCUUCAAGUGUUCUUCUGGCCGUAAAUAAUUUUAAUUCAUUUAAAACGUUUUUGGUUAUUCCUGAUCACUUGGGCAGUACAAGAAAAUCUAGCUUCUGAAUAUUGGCCACUUCUCUGCUGCAUAUGCUUCCUGGGAUAUAGUAUCUAAAAGCUCUGUAAAAUGUCAUUUUUGUUAGGUGUGGAGUACUAGUGUCUAGAGACUAGGCUUUAUUUAGCAGUUAGAAUUUUGUGGAGAUUAUGAUCAGAGUAAAACAAUGUUUGGAUGCAAUACAGAAUAAAAGAAUAUAAGAAACAGCUUUUUUUCGUGCAUUAGUGUAUGGUAUAUUGAAGAAUCUUUUGCUUUUUGUAUUCUUCAGGAAAAUAAAAAAAUUCACAACCAUAAAGUAUUAAAACAAACAAACAAAACCUGGAACAGUUGGAGCAUGUUAUUUUGACCAGCAGGACUGUAGCAGUUUUGCAUAUCCUUAUAAGCUCUCCUGGGCGAAUUGGCCCAGAUGUCAUUCUCUGACAGUUUCUCUACUUCUGCUGAAUAGCAAGUCUUUCGGAGUCCUCUGGGCACUGGGCUAUUUAUUAGUAUUUAUUGGCAAAAGUUUAAUUCUAUGAACUAUUAACUCAGGUCUGUGCAAAGUCAACUGAAAGUGAAAAAGUGAAAAACUUUGCACCCCUUUUCUUCUUUUACAUUUACAUAUAGAGCCCAGGGAAGUGGAAUCGGAAAGAUGUUUAUAUAAGUGAUAAUGCCAGCAUUCUCUCUGGGCAUAGAUGGAUAAGUUUUCCUCUUACUUAAAAAACAGUGGUAUUUGUUGGCAGCCACUCAAAAAAUAUUUUAUCUAUCUGUCAGUAAUCAGAUUAAUUGAACAUGAAGUUGAAGUAGAUAAAAUGGUUCUUUACCCAGGUAUUUGGUUCUACAUAUUCGUUAGUGAUACAUGGCAUUGGAUUCCUUUGUACAGGACCUUUAAAGCCCUCUUUGAGAAAUCUAGUCUUUGUCCAGCCCUUAACUUUGUGGAAAUGCUUUUUUUCCCAUACUUGUUAGUUAACAUAAAUGGCAGUCACGCUACACAUAUAUAAAAAUUUUUCUUCGGCUUGACUUUCCAUUAUUUUUCAUUGUAUAAAUCUGAUGCUUUUGACAUUCCAGUGUAGUGUUUGUUUUAGGAAAGAAAUACACAGAUGACAGGGGAAAGGUUGUUAAUCCAUUUUUUCCCACUGGGAACUGCCUGUUGUUUGCCUUAUCUUUCCGGAUAGUCUUUCAAGUCAGGCAAUAUUCAGGAAGCUAUUUAGGAUAGUUUCUCGGAGUGGAUUUGGGACCUUUGAUUUUGAGAAAGAUCUUUAGUUCAUAACGUUUUUGGAUUGUAGAAACUUGGGUAAAAGGUAGCUAAGAGUCAAGUUUUAGGGAAAUGAUAAUCUAGAAAGAAACCCUAAAAGAUGUCAUUUUCAAGAAAUGGGGAAAGAGAAAAACAAACAGGACUUUGAAUGACCCUGAUGAAAUGAAUGAAGGAGAGUUAAAUAGGCAAGGGCUGGUGAGAUGGAGGUCCUAGCCUUAGUCACAUUCUAGAGGGUGCUUUCAGUAUCCAAAACUUAGGCCUUGUUGACUUCCUAGUGAUGCUAUGUUUUUCUUUGUCUGCCCUGUGAUUUUGCUUCAUGUUUUAAAAAGUUUUUCUGUGGUAACUUUAAAGAAAACACAAUGUAUUUUUAUUUUGAUAGGCAACAUCAUUUGCCGUAUUUUUAUUUCAUACAUGUUUAUUUUUCUAUCUCAUGCAGUGAUCAGAUUUACUUUAAAAAUUCUGCACUUGUCUUGCUUCUCAUGUACUUUAUCCAAUCAUAUUUAUUACUGUAAAAUGCUAUCUGGAGAUAUUUUCAUUCAAAAAAAUGUGAGGCCACUUAACAUUUAAGCCUUGGAUGUUAGUGUUUCAGCUGUCUUAGUGAGCGGCCAGAGGUGAUAUAGUUCCCCGUGACACCCAAUUCAACAUCUGUAUUGAAAAUUUGUUACUUUUUUUUUUUUAGGUUUUUAAAAAAUUAGAAUUUUAAAAUAUUUUUAUUUUUUUGUAAAGCGAACACUUUUUAAAGAGUAUCCAGAGUAAUUCUUGUCUUCUUAGUUAAAUCCUCUUAUUCUCAUUCAAAUAUUAUAAUUAUUAUCUUUAAGACUAUAGAAGUAACUAACAACUAUAUUAAAAGGAACUGCCAAACAUUCUUCACUGUGUUCUCUGCUUUUCACUUGGUUAUAUUUCUAUAAAUGUGGAAACGUUUUGUUCCUCUUUCUACCACUGGACCACACACAAUUUAAUUUUUAGGCCCACAGUGUAUUAUGCUUUAAUGUUGUGACGCAAACUAAUAGUCUGGCCUUGGCAAUCUUUCUGUACUUCUUUUCUCUGGAGGCCCCAUUUAACACUAGUAUUGCUGAAUGAGCACAGUAUGUUUUGAGCGUAAGGCUUCUGGAUGUGUACACCCUCUUCCCCCAACCUGACUUUUUGUAAUUCAUUGCUUGGAAGCAAGGUCCGACAAGGGUCAGAUUAAAUGUUCUGAGUUGAAAAAAAUUUGUGCUGUGAAACCAUUGUUAGACAUAAUUAUUUUGCAGGAGACUGGACAGUUGCUACAUAUGCUUUGAAAGAACGUUGAGAUUUUUAGAAAGUGACUUUGCAUACCUUUGAAUUACUUUUUCUUGAGUGACUUUACAACAACCAGCAACAGACUAACGAACUUCAAAAAAGACUUAGGUUUUUGAUCAUAGAGAAACAUCUAAAUUAGAAAAGAAAGAUAUGGAUAGAUGUUUCCCAGGAGGAAAAUCUUUUCAGAUUUGCAGCGGCCACUUGGAUCUCGAUCAACAUAUUCCAAGGUGUGUGACCUCGGGCCUUGUGUUCCACUGAACUCACUCUAGAAAAUUGUGAACCGGACCCGUUUUCCCCUUUUCUUUUCUGCUGUGGUCUGCAGCCGAACUGGAUGGUGAAUAAAGUCAUUGCUGACUCUGUCCACACAUUCCAUCGAUGUCAGGACUUUUCAGUAUAAAUGUAAUUAACUUUUAAUGGAUAAUUAUUUUCUUCAAUACUGUCAGAUAUUCUCUAAUUUUUGUCUUGUGCCAAAUUGUUCUUUGGAAACAUCUGCUAUAUAAUAUGGUGCAUUCAGUUUACCACAUCAGUGGUUAACAUUUUAGGGCCUUGCUUUUGUAAUGGGUGUUGCCUUUGUAUAAAAAUCACUUUGGGGAAUAUCAGAAUUACUCAUUUAUUCAGUGAUGGUUUUCUUGAAAGGUAACUGGUGACUGGAUGUAAAAGCUUCCCUCUAAAUAAAGGGAGUGAGACCCCGGUGUAAUCAGCUUUCCGAGGGACUGAGAACAGAAUAGAACUUGCACUGAAAGGCUUUUUUCCCUUUUGGGAAAACAGUAUUUGUGUGAAAGGGAACACCGUUCAGGUAGAUUUCACUGCAGGUAGUGUGCCAUUAUUCUCAUAAUGCAGGCUUUUUAGAAACAGUCAUAAAAUAACCAAAACCUGUUCUUUCAGCCGAAAGGAAAAAACAGAUUUUUAAAGUACUUGGUCCCUUACUUACUACUCAUAGUCAGAGAAGCGACUAGAUAAAGUGGUCCCAUUUUCUCCUCAUAUCUGGUGGUGCCUGUGAGUCUUAAAGCCAUAACUGCUUAUCUUAACUGUUGAUAGAAUCCUGUUUUUCUCCUUUAGCUUAUAACAGGGAAUGUGGUCAGGGAG